AUGGGUCCAAAGGUCAUGGUCACCACAGUGGACCCCUUCAAGGAUGCCACUGACUCAGGAGAUGGCCACACAGGCAGCACUGAGACAGGUGAACCUGAGGCCAUGGACCUCAGCUCAUACCAGCAAUCCAUGGACCCCGACCAUGAGGAGGAGGAGCACAAUGAUGGCGAUGAUGAGGGAAACGUCAGUGGGGUGAUGCAUGGAUGGUGUGCAUUGCUCUACAAACCUCCUUGCCAUCACUCUGUAUAUAUCAAGAUUGUCAAUGGAGGCAAAGCAGUACUGGAGCUCUCUGGAAUGGUUCAAGACCAUCCUGCUCAGAUACUAGCUGAUACUGGUGCUGGUUUGUCCAUAGUCUCAGAUUCUUUCAUUAGUAAGUACCAAAUACCCACAAAACCCAUAAAAACAAGAUCGAUCCAUGGUGUCACCGGGCACCAACUCUCCAUCAAUAGUUCUGCGAGCAUGCAGGUAUCUAUUGGUACACACAAUCUGGGUGUGGUCGAAGCUUCAGUGGCCGACACUGCGGACUAUGACCUCAUCCUGGGGUUCACUGAGCUACAGAGGCUCAAACCCACCAUACAAUGGGAUAUGGGCCAGCUGGAGUUCAAGACUCAGGAGCAGGACCGACCCCCAAGGAGACCCCCUGAAGCAGCAAGAGCAGGGGACCUAACCAUGAGGAGACCAACCCUUCAUGGUAACAAGUUUGUCUCAGCAGAGCGCAUACUACAAGCAGCUCUGGAAGAUGGACCCAUAGGGUUCAUGCUGUUGGAGGAGCCACCAUCAUCACUCCUGGCCUUUGGUUUUGUACCUACAGGCACAGACAAAGGAGUAGAGAUGGAGGUGGAGGUGGACAAGGUGGUGACAGCUGCAGAUAUACCAAAGCCAUACCAACACCUGCGAGAUGUGUUCGAUGAGGCGGAAGCAGACAAGCUGCCCCAUCAUACCGAGCAUGAUCUCCACCUCGAGUUGAUAGAAGGAGUGCUCUUUGUACCAAAGAAGGAUGGAGGUCUCAGACUCUGUGUGGACUACCGAGGUCUCAACGAGAUCACUGUCAAGAACAGAGCACCACUGCCCCUCAUCAAGGAGCAGCUAUUCUUACUCAGGAAGGCAAGGAUCUAUACCAAGCUAGACCUUAGAGCAGCAUACAACCUCAUCCAGAUUGCUAAAGGAGAUGAAUGGAAGACAGCUUUUGGCACACAGUUGGGACUCUAUGAGUACCUAGUGAUGCCCUUUGGCCUAGCCAAUGCUCCAGCUCACUUCCAGCCGUUCAUCAAUGACAUCUUUCAAGACAUCAUUGGAGUAUAUGUGGUAGUAUACCUAGAUGACUUCCUGAUCUUCAGUGACACUGAAGAGGCACAUGUGAAGCAUGUCACCAAGGUCCUCACUCACUUAAGGAGCAACAGGCUCUUUGCUAAGCUGUUGAAGUGUGAGUUUCACACCAAGAUAGUCAAGUUCCUGGGAUACAUCAUCAAGCUGAUGGGCAUAGAGAUGGACCCAGAAAAGGUGUGCACUGUCAAGGAGUGGCCAAUGCCAGAGUCAUUCCAUGACAUCCAAAGGUUCCUGGGUUUUGCCAACUUCUAUCGAAGGUUCAUAGCCCACUUUGCUCGCAUAGCCAAGCCCUUGACAUCACUGGUAAAGCCUAUAGAAUGGUUCAAGAAGUUCAAGCUACCAGAGGAGGCCCAACAGGCCUUCCACAAGCUCAUCCAGGCCUUCACAUCAGCAGGAGUGCUUCAGCACUUCGACUACCACCUUCCAACAAGGAAGAUGUCUUCUGCCAAGAAGAACUAUGAGAUCCAUGACAAGGAGCUCCUAGCUGUGCUCACUUGCAUUACUCAGUGGCGACACAUGCUAGCUGGACUACCAAGUCAACUGGUCAUUCUCACUGACCAUGAAGCUCUCAAGUACUUCAAGUCACAGAGAUGCAUCACAGGCCGACAGGCUCGAUGGGCAAUACUACUAGCAGACUUCGACUUCAUAUUGCAGUAUCAACCAGGAGACAAAGGUGGUGAACCUGAUGCUCUCACCAGAAGGAUGUCAUGGGCCUGGAUGCUCAAGAAGCAGGAGGGUCACGGGUUCAUAUGGGAGGAGCACAGUCUCCAUGGAGACCAUGGACUCCUACAGACUCGCAUGCAAAGGAGGGCCAAGCACAGCCAUGAGGAGGACCAAGCUCAAGGAGCAGGCACAGCCACAAAGAGGACCAAGCUCAAGGAGCAUGCAGAUGGUUACCACUCAGGGGCUCGAGAGACAAGAGCCAAAGGAACUGUCACUGAUCAAAGGAGAAGGAGCAGUGUCGAAGGAGUUGACACCAGGUCAUGA